AUGUCCCGCGAAGCCUACCAAGUCCCCACCGCCGGCGCCGCCUCGGCGCCCAGCGCGGCCGCCUACCAGUCUUACGGCGCCGAGGGCCCCCAGAUGCAAUACCUCUGUGGCGACUGCGGUCUCAAGUUCCAGCUGCGUCGCGCCGAUCCCAUCAGAUGCAAGGAGUGCGGAUGUCGUAUUCUUUACAAGGAGAGGACCAAGAGAAUGGUUCAGUUCGAGGCGAGAUGA